UCCCUCCUCGGAUUAUUAAAAAGUUCAUUUCCUGGCGAAUCGGGUGACGUCAGGGGCUCGGCGUCGCGGUGGCGGGGCCGCCCGGCCGGAGAAGCCGCCUCCAGUUACCCAAUUACCGACUGUCAAUCCCGCCGCCCCUCCCCCACUCUCCCGGGGGUGGCCGGGACCCCAGCCCUCCUCCUGCCCCCGACCCACACAGGGGCCCUCUGGACAUCUACCCCGCCAGCCUCGGGACCAACAGGGAAGAGGGCUGGAGGACGCUGUUGAGUCCUCCCAGUACUCGCACCUGUCUAGGUCCCCCCAAAUGCCCUUGUCCUGGAACCCCUCCUCGGUCCGGGGCCGCCUUCGAGCCUUCGUCUCCCCAGUCUGUACAAUGGGAGGGAGCAAGACUUGUGCGCCCGGCCCACUCGACUCAUAGAGCCGAUCUCCGGGCUGGAAGUGAGUGGGGAGCAGUUUCAGGUGACUUAGAAGACUGAGACCUCAGACCACCGCUUCCCCCUCACCAGAGGCCACCUCGGGGACCCCUGGAGGAAAAAAUGCCACCUCCUGCCCGGGGGCGUCUCCCUCCAGCUGGCGCCGGCGCCAGUCCGGGUCUCCAUGGCCUCGCCCCAGGCAAUUGGGCCCGUUGGCCUGCGAAGGCCACGCCCGGGGAGGGGAUGCCCCCUCCCCCUCUCUGGAGCCACCGGCCCGGCCACCUCCACUGGGUCAAGCACAGCCCUGAGCGGCCGCGUGUCCGAGGCCCAGGUGCCCUCUAGAGCCCUGUAGUUCCUGCCCCACUCUGCCCCUCCCGGCUCCUGCUGUUCUGUUCCACCGCUGUACUGCAUGCCCUCCCAACCCCCCGUCCACUCAGACAGCGCCCGAGCUAGGGGAGGGAAAGGUCUGGGUAGGUAACUGCGCUCGGACUGACCACGUUCAGCAGUGAAGGAGCGUGGCGGGGUUAGGGUCUCGGGGAGAGGCCAUCCAGAGGGUGCGCGGCCCGGGCUCCUGGGGAGGGGCCAGUUGGUUAGUUACUGCUAGUUACGCCCAGAGCUUCGAGGGAUCCCGGAGUGUUCGCAAGAGGGGCUGCAGGGAUCGGGCCUUGGGGUGAGGGUCCCUUAGUGGUGGGGCGCGUUGGCAGCAGGGGCCUCCAGGAGCGCGCAGGGAGGGGACCCGCCGGCGGAGGGGGGCUGGCCCGCGGGUCAGUCCCGGAGUCCAGCGGUUCGGGAAUUGCGGACGCAGCCAAUGGGAGGCGGAGGCUGGGAGGCGCGCGGCGCUGAUUGGCUGGCGUGGGCUUCUUAGGCGUGCGCGGCCCCCGCUUCAUGUCUGUGCAGGAGUAGGCAGCUGGCGCCAGGGCGGCCGGAGGAUGCCGAGGGGCCGGAGCCGGGAGGGCCCGAGGCCGAGGCGCAAGCUACCCCCUGCUCCUACCCUGUAAGCCCCGCCAGCCUCUGGACGUGCUGUCCCUGGGCCCGUCGCCCCCGGGGCUCCCGCCGGAGCUCCUUCACUCUGAGGCCGAGUCCCUACCCUCCCCACGGCUGCGUGUGGCCGUUGCCGCCUCCACCCAGACCCCGAGCCGCCGCCGCCGGCCAUGGAGGUGGCGCCGGAGCAGCCGCGCUGGAUGGCGCACCCGGCCGUGCUGAAUGCGCAGCACCCCGACUCGCACCACCCGGGCCUGGCGCACAACUACAUGGAACCCGCGCAGCUGCUGCCUCCAGACGAGGUGGACGUCUUCUUCAAUCACCUCGACUCGCAGGGCAACCCCUACUACGCCAACCCGGCUCACGCGCGGGCGCGCGUCUCCUACAGCCCCGCGCACGCCCGCCUGACUGGAGGCCAGAUGUGCCGCCCACACUUGUUGCACAGCCCGGGUUUGCCCUGGCUGGACGGGGGCAAAGCAGCCCUGUCUGCCGCUGCGGCCCACCACCACAACCCCUGGACCGUGAGCCCCUUCUCCAAGACGCCACUGCAUCCCUCAGCUGCUGGAGGCCCUGGAGGCCCACUCUCUGUGUACCCAGGGGCUGGGGGUGGGAGCGGGGGAGGCAGCGGGAGCUCAGUGGCCUCCCUCACCCCCACAGCAGCCCACUCUGGCUCCCACCUUUUCGGCUUCCCACCCACUCCACCGAAAGAAGUGUCUCCUGACCCCAGCACCACCGGGGCUGCUUCUCCAGGCUCAUCUUCCGCGGGGGGUAGCGCAGCCCGAGGAGAGGACAAGGACGGCGUCAAGUACCAGGUGUCACUGACGGAGAGCAUGAAGAUGGAAAGUGGCAGUCCCCUGCGCCCAGGCCUAGCCACUAUGGGAACCCAGCCUGCUACACACCACCCCAUCCCCACUUACCCCUCUUAUGUGCCGGCGGCGGCCCACGACUACAGCAGCGGACUCUUCCACCCCGGGGGCUUCCUGGGGGGACCGGCCUCCAGCUUCACCCCUAAGCAGCGCAGCAAGGCGCGUUCCUGUUCAGAAGGCCGGGAGUGCGUCAACUGCGGGGCCACAGCCACCCCUCUCUGGCGGCGGGACGGCACCGGCCACUACCUGUGCAAUGCCUGUGGCCUCUACCACAAAAUGAACGGGCAGAACCGGCCACUCAUCAAGCCCAAGCGAAGACUGUCGGCAGCCAGAAGAGCCGGCACCUGUUGUGCAAAUUGUCAGACGACAACCACCACCUUAUGGCGCCGAAACGCCAACGGGGACCCUGUCUGCAACGCCUGUGGCCUCUACUACAAGCUGCACAAUGUUAACAGGCCACUGACCAUGAAGAAGGAAGGGAUCCAGACUCGGAACCGGAAGAUGUCCAACAAGUCCAAGAAGAGCAAGAAAGGGGCGGAGUGCUUUGAGGAGCUGUCAAAGUGCAUGCAGGAGAAGUCAUCCCCCUUCAGUGCAGCUGCCCUGGCUGGACACAUGGCACCUGUGGGCCACCUCCCGCCCUUCAGCCACUCCGGACACAUCCUGCCCACUCCGACGCCCAUACACCCCUCCUCGAGCCUCUCCUUCGGCCACCCCCACCCAUCCAGCAUGGUGACCGCUAUGGGCUAGAGAACAGAUGGACGUCGAGGACCGGGCACUCCCAGCAUGGGUGGACCAAACCCUUAGCUGCCCAGCAUUUCCCGAAGACCGACACCACUCCUGCCAGCCUGGCUUGGUCCAGCACCCCUUCUCCUGGAGGGCGCCCAGCAGCCUGCCAGCAGUUACUGUGAAUGUUCCCCACCGCUGAGAGACUGCCUCCGCACCCGGCCGCUGCCCAGGUGGGGUUUCCUGCAUGGACAGUUGUUUGGAGAACAACAAGGACAACUUUAUGGAGAGAAAAGGAGGGGACGGGACAGACGAAGGCAACCAUUUUUAGAAGGAAAAAGGAUUAAGCAAAAAUAAUUUAUUUUGCUCUUGUUUCUAACAAGGACUUGGAGACUUGGUGGUCUGAGCUGUCCCAAGUCCUCCGGUUCUUCCUCGGGACUUGGCAGGUCCACUUGCCAGGGCUCUGGGGGCAGAUUUGUGGGGACCUCAGCCUGUACCCUCUUCUCCUCUGGCUUCCCUCUCUGAAACAGCCAAACUCCAGGCUGGGCUGAGCCAAAGCCAGAAGGGCCACGGCCCCGGGAGGGUGAGCUGGUGCCUGCUUUGACGGGCCAGGCCCUGGAGGGCAGAGACAAUCACGGGCGGUCCUGCACAGAUUCCCAGGCCAGGGCUGGGUCACAGGAAGGAAACAACAUUUUCUUGAAAGGGGAAACGUCUCCCAGAUCGCUCCCUUGGCUUUGAGGCCGAAGCUGGUGUAACUGUGUCCCCUUAGCGCAAGCCACAGCCUGUCUUGUUUGUCAGGUGGACCCUGUAAAUACAUCCUUUUUCUGCUAACCCUUCAACCCCCUCCCCUCCUACUCCGAGACAAAAGAAAAAAUAUUAAAAAAAAAUGCAUAAGCUUAACUCACUGAUGAGUUAAUUGUUUUAUUUUUAAACUCUUUUUGGGUCCAGUCGAUUGUACAUAGCCACAGAAGCCCUGCUACGAAAGGAGUAAACCCUACACACAAGGUUGGAGCUUUGCAAUUGUUUUUGGAAAAGAGCUGGGAUCCCACAGUCCUAGUAUGAAAGCUGGGAAUGGGGAGGGGCCUUUACUGCCCUUGGUUUCCCAGGGCUGGUUGGCAUUUGCUGGCCUGGCAGGGGGUGAAGGCAGGAGUCGGGAGCAGGUCAGGACCAGGACCCAGGGAGAGGCUGUGUCCCUGCUGGGGUCCCAGGUCCAGCUUUGCUGUGGCUGUCUGGAUCCUUCCCAAGGUACAGCUGUAUAUAAAUGUGUCCCGAGCUUAGAUUCUGUAUGCGGUGAUGGCGGGGUGUGAUGGCCUGCGAGGGGCCCCUGGCCCAGGAGGAGGAUUGUGCUGAUGUAGUGACCAAGUGCAAUAUGGAUGGGCAGUCGCUGCGGGGAGCACCAAGGCCAGAAGUAACUUAUUUUGUACUAGUGUCCGCAUAAGAAAAAGAAUCGGCAGUAUUUUCUGUUUGUAUGUUUUAUUUGGCUUGUUUUAUUUUGGGUUAGUGAACUAAGUUAUUGUUAAUUAUGUACAACAUUUAUAUAUUGUCUGUAAAAAAUGUAUGCUAUCCUCUUAUUCCUUUAAAGCGAGUACUGUUAAGAAUAAUAAAAUACUUUUUGUGAAUGCCC